AUGACUGAGAUUGCAUUCGGACAGCCUCUUCCAAGCGGCCUCCAGUUUGCCGUUUCCUUCGGAAUUCCCACAUGGGAUUUAGCAAUUGGCUAUGUGGAAAAAAGACCUGAGGUUGUAACAAAGAUGGCUACUGGAUAUCCAAGGUAUUUCCCGCAGCCAGAGGUUCAAAAACUAUGUGAUUACUUCAUUAAGAAAUACGCCCAAGGUUCCGAAUCUUGCCGCCCUUUUCCAUCCUACAGGUUAGCGUGCAAAUGUUUAGACUAUGUCAAGUCAAUUAGGGGGUCACAAAUCAGUGCGCACUUAGAAACCGAGAGUUUUAUUUUGAAAAGUGAUGAAAAGACCAGUACGGAAAAUCCUGCUGAAGUAAAAAUCACUAUAGCCGCUAUUUUGGCAAUGGAUGAUGAAAUGGAAAUAGUCAAAGAAUUUUGGAAAUUAAGAGGUGAAUGUGUUUCUAGUCGUUUGGCUGCGACAGUUAAUCGGUUACUCGAUGUCAUGGACCCGGCAUCGAUUAAUGCGCAUCGCGAACUGGAGGCUGACAUUAUAUUUGCAAAAAAGGAGGGCGAAGAAGCAAAGAAAAUCAUAAGAAAGAGAGUUGCUGAAAACCAUUGUCAGCCUUUUGGAAUUCAAAGUCGAACAUUAAAAAAUGAUAGAUUAACUCUGACUCCAGACAAAGAUGUCUACUUGGUAUCAAGCGGCAUGUCGUCAAUUUUCGCGGCACGUGAUCUACUUUCCUACUGGGAGAGAACGAAAGUUGGCUCUUCUUCCUUGGAUGAAGACAAUAUAAUGAAAAAUGGAAACAAAACGCUUUGCGAAACUGCAGCAGUCUUUGGAUUUCCGUUUAAGGACACGAAAGUUAUUAUGGAGAACUUUGGAACUUGCAAAUUUUUUGGGCAUGGAAAUUCUAAAGAUGUCACUGAACUAAAAAAGUACUUAGAAACAGACGGCCAACGAAUUCUUGGUGUUUUCGUUGAAACACCAUCCAAUCCCUUACUGAAUAUGCCAGACUUGAGAGCUUUGCGGAAAUUGGCAGAUCAGUAUGGUUUCUUUGUAGUGGUUGAUGACACUAUAGGAGGUCUCAAUGUCGAUAUUCUCCCUUACGCUGACGUAGUUUGCACUUCCCUUACCAAACUUUUUAGUGGCACCAGUAACGUUAUGGGUGGCUCUAUCAUUUUGAAUCCAGGGUCUAGACUAUAUUCAUACGGCCUAGACUUUUUCAAAAGUGCAGAGUUUGAAGAUCUUUUAUGGUGUCAGGACGCCAUUACUCUUGAAAUAAACUCCCGUGACUUUGAAGAAAGAACACUACGCGCUAACGAGAACACUCAAAAAUUACUUGAGCAUGUAAUUACUCCCGAGGUGGGGAAAGUUUUCAAAAAAAUCUAUUUCCCUAACGUAAGCUCCAAAGAAACGUUCAUAAAUUACGAAGCUGUUCGAAAUCAACGUGGCGGAUAUGGCUGUAUGUUUUCUCUUGCAUUUUAUGCAGAGGAAGAAGCUGAAUUAUUUUUCAACUCCUUGAAAAUCUAUAAAGGCCCUUCUAAUGGAACGAACUUUACCUUAGCAUGCCCUUACGUCCACUUGGCACAUCAUUUCGAGUUAGAAGAUGUUUCUAAGUUUGGAGCAGAUUCGAGCUUGGUUAGAGUAAGUGUUGGCCAGGAAGACAGUCAAUGGCAACAUGAGGUAUUUUUCAACGCAAUAGACAUCGUGAGACGCUGGCGCUCGCAGCACCCAUGA